AAGAUGGCUGUGUGUCGCUAACGAGAGCCCGACAAACCAGACGGGGAAAAGAUAACCCGGGAAUAAACAGAACAUGCUGCUACGUGAUCGUCGGGCCCGUCCCUGAACAGAGAGACACUGGCCAAGAACCGAGAGCUACUCGGAGUGUCAACGCGCAGAAACCUGAUAUUCGGUAGAUGCCUUUUGAGAGCCGCUGGCCCGAAUCAGCGUGGAACCAUACAAAGGCACAUGGAAUGUGUGACAUGUUCAUCCAAACACAGCAGACGAGUAGCGUCAACGGCAGCAGCAGCAGCAGCAGCAGCAGCAGUAACAACACCGUUCACCACCACAGCAAGAAACGCAAGUUGGAGUACAACGUGAGUCAGCCGGUGAUCCAACACGCAUUGGUUCAAUCGACCGGCGACUACCAAUUAGACAAUACCGGUCUGCAACAACGGUACUCCGUGAACGGUGCUAAUACCGCAUUUAGCUCGCUGCACAACAAUAAUGCGCUGCAGAAGAGUAGCCCGAACCAACAGACCCUGGUACGAGCCUCGACGAUCAAGCUCUUAGACACGUACCAACGCUGUGGCCAGAAGAGAAAAACCUGGUCGAGGGAGGGUAAUGGUGACGGCCUGGCAGUCCACUCCGCCAACGCGACGAACGCAGUGGGUAGUACUGUAGUGUCGCAACAUCAUAAUCAACAGCAACAGCAGCUGCAACAACAACAGCAGCAGCAACAACAACAACAACACAAGCAGACAGGAAUGACGGCACAUAGCAAGCAAGUAACCAACGCUGCCAAUGGAGGCGGUGGCAGCAACCCCCAAGGGGAUGGAGAUUACCAGUUGGUACAGCACGAGGUUCUCUAUUCUAUGACUAAUCAAUAUGAAGUCCUCGAGUUUUUGGGCAGAGGUACUUUUGGACAGGUCGUAAAAUGCUGGAAAAAGGGAACCAAUGAAAUAGUUGCCAUCAAAAUUCUGAAGAACCAUCCAUCUUAUGCGCGCCAAGGGCAGAUUGAGGUCUCCAUCCUGUCUCGACUCAGUCAGGAAAAUGCGGAUGAGUUCAACUUUGUGCGCGCUUAUGAGUGCUUUCAGCACAAAUCCCAUACCUGCUUGGUCUUUGAGAUGUUAGAACAGAAUCUGUAUGAUUUCCUGAAACAGAAUAAAUUUUCACCCCUACCCCUCAAAUAUAUCAGACCGAUUCUUCAACAAGUACUCACCGCUCUUUUGAAACUUAAGCAAUUGGGGUUAAUUCACGCAGACCUUAAGCCUGAAAACAUUAUGUUGGUGGAUCCAGUUCGUCAGCCUUAUCGUGUAAAAGUUAUUGAUUUUGGGUCAGCUUCCCAUGUAUCUAAAGCUGUCUGCAACACGUAUUUACAAUCGCGAUACUACCGUGCACCUGAAAUUAUACUUGGACUUCCAUAUUGUGAAGCAAUAGAUAUGUGGUCGCUCGGCUGUGUGGUUGCCGAAUUGUUUUUAGGAUGGCCUCUAUACCCUGGUAGUUCAGAAUACGAUCAGAUUCGAUACAUAAGUCAGACGCAAGGCCUACCAACGGAACACAUGUUAAACAAUGCCAGCAAAACAACAAAAUUCUUUUACAGAGACAUGGAUAGUACAUAUCCAUUUUGGCGAUUAAAAACACCGGAAGAGCAUGAGGCUGAAACUGGUAUUAAAUCAAAGGAAGCGAGGAAGUAUAUUUUUAACUGUCUAGAUGAUAUUGGUCAAGUUAAUGUCCCGACUGAUUUGGAGGGUGGUCAACUUUUGGCAGAAAAAGCAGAUAGAAGAGAGUUCAUUGACCUCUUGAAGAGGAUGCUCACAAUGGACCAGGAGCGCCGCAUAACACCUGGGGAGGCUCUGAACCAUGCCUUUGUUACGCUGGCCCAUUUAGUCGAUUAUGCUCAUUGUAACAAUGUUAAGGCUUCCGUCCAAAUGAUGGAGGUUUGCCGACGAGCUGGCGACUUCACUGCAAGUCCAGCGCAUCAUCAAGCUCCUCCAGCACCUCAACCACCACCACCAACAUCAUUGGUAGCUAAUUUCGUGCCGACGACAAAUGGUAGUGCCGUAACUUUCACCUUCAACAACCAGUUGACCAAUCAAGUACAGCGAUUGGUUAGGGAACAUCGGACUGCGCAAACAGGAUAUGAUAAUCUGUAUCAAAUAUACAGUAACAGUAGUCGCCGUGCGACUCAGUACAGUAGCUCGUCAAGUGGAUCAAAUAGCGGACGAAGUGGAGUGCACGACUUUCCACAUCAAUUGGUGCCUGGUCUACUUUGUCAUCCACCCAGUUAUCAGACGAUGCCAAGUCCUGCAAAACACGUAGUUGUUGCUCAACCUCCACAAGCGCAACAAGGUCCGUUACAAAUCCAACCAUCGAUUAUAUCGCAGCAGGCUGUUGCUGCUGCAGCUGCAGCUGCCCAACAACAGUAUGCAGCGGUUCCCGUAUCUAUGGUGGAAACUGGACGACAAAUGUUACUAACCAACGCUGUACAAACCUCUUGGCCUGGUGGAAGUCGUCAAAUGGCCGCUAUCGUACCAUCUUGGCAGCAGUUACCACCGCAACAUGCAGCCAUACAGCAGCCAUUACUGAGUGAUGCCGGAGAUUGGGGAAGACCUCUUAUUGUCGAUAGCUCUGCUAUUCUACAGGAUCAGAGGCCAGUAUUUCCUGUCACGGAAGUAUACAAUACCAGUGCCCUUGUUGAGCAUCCUCCUCAAGGUUGGGGCAAGCGUAGUGUUACGAAACAUCAUCAACAUCAUGUAACUGUACCUCAGCAGUCUCAACAUAGGCACGAGCAUAAAAAGGAAACGCAGCAGUUAAGUCCAGUGAAAAAGAGGGUAAAAGAAAGUACUCCACCGAGCAACAUGAGACGGCAUUCACCUUCCAGCGGUCAUUGGCAACAGCAACCCAUGCAGCAACACCAUCACAGCAGCAAACACAGCAGUAGUCAUAAUGUAGAACACCAUCAAGUUACAUCUGGUCGGCAGCAAACUAUUACAAUUCACGAUACACCAUCACCAGCAGUUUCUGUUAUCACGAUAAGUGAUAGCGACGAUGAAACACCGGGCAAGUGCUGUGGAGAUCAGCAAUGUGGAGCCUGUCAAAAUUUGGCAACUCGCCUGUCUGGCGAUGGACAUCCAGUCCGCGAGGAAGUCAUUCGAAGUACGCAGUCAACACCACGCGCGGUGCAACCAAUACAGCAAACCCAUUCAAGUAGUCAGUCGCAUACUAACGGCCACGUAACAACGCAUAGUACAUCUCAGAGAUCGCAACGAAAAAAUAUUAUCAGUUGUGUAACUGUCGGUGACAGCGAUGGCGAAGCUAGUCCAGGUCGAGCGCAUAAUCAUCUAUACCAACAUUUACCGCAACAUCCUCAGCAUCAACAAACUACGCAGUUAAUUAAACACGAACCCCAACAGCAACAUCACGUCAGCAGUAGCAGUUCUGGAUAUUCGUCUCAAUCGCAAAAGAAACGUUUAUUGGCCAAAGUACAGUCCGAAUGCAAUAUGGUGAAUGUUGCGACAAAACCGGAGCCCGGCGUUGAGUACCUUGCACCACAUCCGUGUCACGCGCCAGCCUGUAAAGAGCCACCGACCUAUCAGGAUGAUGCCUAUGACAUGCAUGACUACUUCUUGCAGUAUGUGACCACGAGUAGCGCGCAUCCGCACCUUCAAGAGCAACACAUUGUGUAUACGACCGGCACGGACAAGCGGGUAUCAUGGCCUGGAAAGAGAGCUGAAUACAAACACGAGUACGUUCAACCACCGGCUGCUCAUUCCAGAGACCACCAGAAAUGGGCGGUAGCGAAUACUGUGCAUCAGUAUAGGCAGAGCCAGGUGGUGGGUUCGGCAGCCCAUCCGGGACAUACCCACAGUCACCAUGGGCAUCCGGCCCACCUCAGUCCUGGGGGCGGUGGCGGGGGCAGAAGUCCUGCAGGGGGGCCUGUAAUAGGAAGUGCCCAGCAUCUGGGACAGCCCCUGUACCAGGAGUACGCCCAUGUGCGUUCAAGAGCCCAUGCCGUGCCACCCCCGGUAUACGUAACGGCCGCGCCUUCUCAGGCUCCCACUGCUAUCCAGCAGCAACAAGUGCCCACCUAUCAGGGAUUCACACCCGGGUGGGUACCUAGACACCUAGUUGAUGCAUGCAUCUCGUCUCCAUUAACGUUGUAUGAUUCUAGUCGAGCGUUGCCACCACCAGCUCAUCACAGCUCGGCCAGACCGUUGCUGGCAAGUCAUGCAGCGCAUCCACUGCCUGCACAUAUGCAGCCAACAGCCGUUUAUGGAUUGGCCCCACUUUCACCGGCCAAACAUCAAUAUCAACCUUCUGGUUUGUGGUUCACCGAGUAAAUUAUUCCUCUGUCUGGUUUCAGAAGAAAAAAUCAAACGGCGUGCGAGUACUAGUUUUCGCCGCUUCUUUUUUUUAACGAAAUUUUACAAGGUCGAGAAAUAACCGAUCGCAUCAAAGAUAACCGUACGAAAGGAAAAAGAGAACCCAUCAUCUUUAUCGAAUUCAUUCCUCGCGAAAGUGUUUUUUUUACUAGCGAACGAAGGGGUCUCUUCGCGAUACUAUUAUCAGCUAUUGAAAACACAGAGUAAAAAACUAGGCUUGUAUUGUUACGAAAGGAAUAAAGAAAUCACGACUGGAAAGAGUCGACGGAGUCUCAAGACAAGACCGAAGUCGUUCUUCAACUCAACUUUUUGACAAUCCGUCCUUAAAAAGCGAUCGCCCCCUUCGAACUGCCAGUCUGUGCUAUUACGAAAAAGAUUAUCAAAGCUCUACGCAUGAUUUUGAUUGACAAGGAAGUAAAUAAUAUGGCUUCGAACGUCGAUAGACUGAUCGCGUUUGCGUCGUGUCCUAAUGAUUUCAUUAGCGUAUUUAUCACAUUCUCAUCGUGAAACAUGUUAUCUUUUUCCUUUCGUUCGACGAUAUGAACAUCGUAUUCGAAACGAAAAAGCAAGUGAAAGUAACGAAUGGAGAAGAAAAAAGAGCAGAACGAUAGAGAAAAGAAGCUUUUUGAUGCUUCUCGUUGCGCAAUCGUUUCCUCAGUGAACCAUUGCUUUCAUGAUUUGUAUUUGUAUUAUUUUUCCAAAUAUUAUUUGACGAUCGAUGUACAAUUUUGUCCGACUUAGAUGGCGCUUAUGUUAUAUACGUGGCAGUAUAUAAUAUAAUUGACAUGUUUUGUAUGAUUCUGAAGAAAUAGUGUUGGCGCGUCAAAAAGAAUUUUUACGAGGUCAUACGAACGAAAAAAUUAGAGGAGACCAGACGAUUUUAUCGUAAAGUUUGAAUCUGCAUUAUUUGAAAUUAAGCGCAGUUUAAGCAGAUAAAGAGAAACAUGUUGGGUGUCGGUGAUUUGUCAAAACUGUUCUACGGUGUAACAGUUCAGAAGUUAUCUUUUAUUGAAGUUCAACGUUAACGGGAAUAAAUUUGCAUUUCCUUAUGGUAUGAUAUAUAUCAUAUACAUUACGUUUUUAGUACUCGUUAACAAAGUUAAUCUUAGCGCGGUAUAACCCACGGUUAUUAGCCGAUGGAAUUUUCGUCAGACUUGAGAUUUUUGUUAUCGAGCGUGACAACGCUUUAAUGUAUUCUAAGCGUUCUCUUUUAAACGGGUCAUCGACGUUGAUGAAGAUUCCCGUUCUUGUAUCUAAUAAUUGAAAGCGAGUUGAUCAAUUACACGCAUACACACAAUCAUAACAUGACACAUUGAUUUGUUGUAAAAUGUGUUCCGGAUUUUAUCGCUAGAUUUAUUUCAAGCUGUCUCAUAGGUAUGCUGGUGUAAUACCAAACACUUCUUUCCAAUGACGUUACUAUACGAACGUAAAGCGUGUCUGAGUUUAGAAUGGAAUUCUUCUGUUUUGAUUCGAAUACAUUAUGGGUAUAUUUGAUUGCAUGGUUAAAUUUGUAUUUGACAAAAGCUGUGUUUUCUCGCAGCAGCCUCAUUAUUUAUUUUUAUUACGUAAUCAAUCCUAUUCUUCUCAUCAUAAUUAUUACUAUUACUAUUACCAUUACUACUAUUAUUAUUAAUUGCAAAUAGGCAUCACCGACUUUAAGAUAAUUGCAGUAGCAGUUUGUAGUCAUUUUUUUUUUGUAGAUACCACGUUCGCGAUAGAUUUGCGUUAGAUUCGUUUGAAAUGAGAUUUUUUCCCUCUGCAACAUUUUUCAGCGUUGAACGAUCGUCGUACAGCAUAUUAACAUUAACUUUUUCAUCCAUCUGUUGCGUUUCAAUGUUUUGCAUUUCACCGAGGAUUGUAGUUUUAAAGUGUAUGUAUUGAGUAUAUAUUGCACAAAUCUGCGGUACACAACGAUUAACAUGAGCAACAACAAAAAGAUCUGUGUACAGUAAUGACGCAAAUUCGCGUUUGAAGAAAAAGGAACAAAACGAAAUAUACAUAUAUUCAAUUUUCGCGAGAUUCUUAGUUCAAUCGCUUUUGUCGAAAAAGAAGCCUUCGUUGCAAAUAUCUGUUAUAACGUCGGAUUGCACACAUGUUUUCUUCAACGUACAUUUGAUUCUUUCUAUUCCGAUGAGAGCGUCAAUGGUGCAAGUUUUUAACAAUCCCCAUUCGUUUUUUCUCCCUCAUCGAAUCAUGUUCUUCCUUCUCACAUUUUUCCACGUCAGUAUAAAGAAAGCAAUUUCUAAUAUCUCACAAAAUGAGAAAAACUAUAUAACAUAUAUACAUGUAUAAUGUAUAUUAUUGCAAUUCCUUGAGUAAACUGCAUUCGAUGUAUAUGUGCAUGCCCAUAUGUCGAUUUCUACGUAUAAUUAUCAUGAGUGGUUCUCCUCCUACAUUUUAACGUUCGAACAGGUGUAAGAAUGGAUUUGCACACAUUUUACGACUUGUGAAACAGUUUCAAAAACGUUUUUCUGCGUGCUGACGUGUAUAUCGUGGUUUUUAAUGGAAUGACGCUUAGGCAUUGUUUUGCUAAUUAUUUUAUAUACAUAGCUGUAUGAUAACGUACGGGAUAUUAGCUGUGGUAUGUUGAUUAGAGUGAAACCAUGUCCAGAGUUUAAUUAGAAGUAUUUUACACUUAGAGCGAGAAUGUGAGUGAGCAAGUCGAAAUGAGUAAACGAAUGUGAUUAGCGUGAUUAGUGUGAUUGAUAAGGAGAGGAAGAGAGCGAGAGAACAGUGUUAGAGAGAAUAAUAAAAUGACACUUUAAAUAUGUUACCGAUAUCCUAAAACAACAUUUUUCAAUGUCUUAAAAGAUGAAUAUAACGUGAAGCUGCUAAUCCAUUAAUUUCGAUCGGAUAAAUAGUCGUAAAAUUGUUAAUAUUUUUAGAAAUUAAUUAAUACUAUUUAUAUCAAAGGGCACCUAUGAUAAAAACCUGGCUAAUUUCCUGUUUUAUUCGCGAAAUACUAAACAGUCUACUGAAACAUUUGUUUGUCUUUUUUUUUUUCUUUUUAUUAAUUUUCCAAAUUUUCCAAGCAUCACGUUUAUCAAUUGCGCGAAUUGGCUUCGUCGAUAUAUUUCUUUACGCGUAUUAUAUGAUGUAAAAAUUAAAGAGAAAAAGAAUUGUGUAACCAAGUCGAUGUGCCUGUUUAACAAUUAAUCAUAUUUACAUUUAUAUUUACUGCAAACGAGUAAACUCAUAAAGAAAAACCGUGUAUAGCGAAAGUUGCAGUAAAACAGAAAACAAAGAAAAGUUACAAUCAGCUUGUAAGUGUUACGUAUUUUAUCGACCACACACGGUACGAAUAUACAAUUAUAAUUAUACAAACACGUUUGCGCGCCUACAUGUAUAUAUGUAUGCUUCCAUAUAAACCGUAGAAAUUAUAUCGCGUAGGAGAAAACAUACCGUUUCUUCUCUUAAGUCGUGAAAAAACAAAAGUCAUAUCCUUAGAUCUUUCGCAUUUUACGUAGAAAAGAAAAAUGGGAAAACUGUUGUUGCGCGUGUGUAUGUAUAGGAACAUGCCUUUUUUUUUUGUCGCAGGAAUCGAUACAUGCACAAACACACACGUAGGAGAUGUACAUGCGACAGUUCUACGCAUCAUAGUCAUACCAUCAUCAUGCUUCAUUUUUUUAGCCUCUGUACAUUCGAACGUAUUUAGAUACCUGUGUCACUAGAUAAGCAAAGGGAACUUCAGUCAAGUUUCUGUUUCUUGUUUUUUCUUUUUUUUUUUUUUUUUUGCAUCCAAAGAGCAAGUUUUGACUGACGAUGUAAUAUUUGUAAUGUUUAGCAUAAGACUGUAAUUGUCGAUCGUGGAUUCGAUCGUUCGAAUUAAUCACUGAUAAUAUCCUACGUAUAAGUAUGUUAUUUUAUUAUGUUCACGUUGUUAUUAGCGUCGAAUAUGCAAAAGUAUUUGGGUAGUAGAUUUUAGGUGGUCAGCUUUGUGGAGUCGGAUGUCGGUUAUUGUCUAACAGAUAGAAUUAUCGUUGUCGAUGUUUAUUACUAAUUAACAGCUUUGGGUUUAGAACGUAUACGCAAACUACACAAUGGUCCUACGUUAGUUUCCCACUUUUUAGGUGUAGAUCGUCAGUCAGUACGAGCUCAGAGUCACGUUAGCGCAGUCAUUGUUACUUUAAGUAGCACGUUUUUAAGCAGUGUACGAGUAGAUAAAUAAGCACGUCAUUGAACGAGUAUCUAAUUAAUCUUAGGCUACCAUGGAAACUGUACGAGAGGGCAAUAAGAAGAACGAUUGUUUUCUUCUUUUGGAAACGUACCGUAACAGUGACGAUGGUUCUAGUUGUGAUAUUUUAUUAAUAUAGGGUUUGUGUACGCGAUGUUAUUUUGGUCAGGCUUUUCAGAAGGCCAACACGUGCAUGACGCGAUAUAUGUGUAACGCAUAGAGAAGAUACUAUAGUGUUUUUUGUCGUUAACAAUCCAGGAAGAUUAUUGUCAUAUGGUUGUUACUUCCGAUAGGGUGAUAUGACACGUUACCUUAGCUGCUCAUCGUCUAACUUGUUCCAAUUCUUUCACGUCAUUCUUCUUCAUGGGCUUUCCUUGUUUUUCACGGAUUUCGCUUCGAGUGAUAACGACACAUCAAAUCAUGUUUGUGAUAGAUUUUUACUUCCAUACUUCUUUGCCAUUUUAAAGUGGAGAAUUGUGUUAAUAGAACACGGUCUUUUUAACGUCGAUCGUGAUGUUUCACAACAUUGUUGAGCGCGAGCGUAACAGUUACCUCUUCCUUUCGGGUGACACGAUGAUACAUAAACAUAACAAAAAGAAAAAGGAACACAUGUACAAAAUACACCU